UGCAGGAGAGUCGGAUCAGGAGUGUGAACAUCUACAUGCAUUAAUCACACACACACACACACUAACACACACACACCGGACCACAAGAGAGAACAAUGUGCUGAGACACACUAAGCUAGAGAGAGAGAGAGAGAGAGAGAGAGAGAGAGAGAGACGGAUCAUCUGGAUGAAGUAGGACUCACUCAGAGGAAGAACAAACACUUUCCUGCGCUGAACAAAUUUUGACAGCACCUUCUGCUGGACCGGAAGACACUGUGAGUGUGUUUGUGUGUGUGUGUGUGUGUGUGUGUGUGUGUGUGUGUGUGUGUGUGUGUGUGUGGCUCUGUAAGCCCUGCAGGUCAUGAGCAGUAUAAGGAGCCCAUUUGGACAGGAUGUGGAGAAACAGGGCAUCAAACUGCCGAAGAAAUGGAACGACACCAACAGUAAGAUCCCCACAGACCGGACCAUGGCAGUGGGAGGGGGCGUGGCUGUGGGAGGAGGGGGCGUGGCUGUAAGUGGAGACUCGUCAGAGUUUCCCCGAAAGCGUAGACAACGUUACGUGGAAAAAGACGGCAAAUGCAACGUUCAUCACGGUAAUGUGCGCGAGACGUAUCGCUACCUAACGGACAUUUUCACCACGCUGGUGGACCUGAAGUGGCGCUUCAACCUGCUGGUGUUCACGCUGGUCUACACCACCACGUGGAUCUUCUUCGGGUUGAUCUGGUGGCUCAUCGCGUACAUCCGUGGUGACCUCGAGCACACCGAUGAUGGAGAGUGGACACCGUGCGUGGCCAACCUCAACGGCUUCGUCUCGGCGUUCCUGUUCUCCAUUGAAACAGAGACGACCAUCGGCUAUGGCUACCGCGUCAUCACAGAGAAGUGUCCUGAGGGCAUCGUGCUGCUUCUGGUGCAGGCCAUCCUGGGCUCCAUCGUCAACGCCUUCAUGGUGGGCUGCAUGUUCGUGAAGAUCUCACAGCCCAAGAAACGUGCUGAGACUCUCAUGUUUUCGCAGAACGCUGUUAUUUCCAUGCGCGAUAACAAACUGUGCCUGAUGUUCCGUGUAGGAGAUUUACGCAGCUCGCACAUCGUGGAAGCGUCGAUCCGAGCCAAGCUGAUCCGCUCCAAACAAACAAAGGAAGGAGAGUUCAUCCCGCUGAAUCAGACCGAUAUCAACGUGGGGUUCGACACCGGGGAUGACCGGCUUUUCCUCGUGUCUCCUCUCAUCAUCUGUCACGAGUUUAACGAGAGCAGCCCAUUCUGGGACAUUUCACAGGAGCAGCUCGCACGGGAACAGUUCGAGAUCGUUGUCAUUCUCGAGGGAAUGGUAGAGGCCACAGGCAUGACAUGUCAGGCCCGCAGCUCAUACCUGGACUCUGAGGUACUUUGGGGAGAACGCUUUACUCCAGUGCUCUCUCUGGAGGAAGGAUUCUAUGAAGUGGAUUACGACACUUUCCACCAGACCUACCCCACUCCCACUCCCACAUGUUCCGCACACGAACUCGCCGAACUCGCCAAAAAAGGGGAAGAGAUCCCUCUACCACCACUCACCCCUCCUCCUAUACAGAACCCAAACCAGAACCUGGAUGGAGAAAGAGGUCGAGGAGAGUGGGAUGAGGAAGGAGAGGUGGAGAGUGUUAGCAACGGCGAUGUUAAAAAAAUGGACGUUCAACAUUGAAGACAAAAUAAGAAAGACCAACAUGAAGCUUUCCUGUAGUGUAGAGAUGUUUUAUCUGUUUAGAUUUUAUAGCAAUACUAUAAAUGAUAUUUUAAAAUCACGUGAUGAUCACGGCUGCGUCCCAAACACACUCAGAAACAUCACGACUUUAUAGAACUGUAUGUAGCCUAAGAAGAAGAAGAAGAAGAAGAAUAAACAGUUAGAAACACAGCCUGGUAAAUACGCCACUGAAGAUCAGAUCAGAUUUCUGUAUUAUUAAUACGUUUUUAUUUUCCAAAUGUGAACUUUUCCAAAGCAAGUCUGUGCUGCUGAGAAUCACUUUUAAGCUUCGUUUCUUUCAGUAAACAUUUUACUGCCUCAUUUCUCCUGAACUGAACAGAAGGGUUUGAUUGUGCUGAUGCUGGUUUUAUUCAUAUUCAGCUAUUUACACAAACGCUGAGUCAUCAAGACCUCGGAGUGCGUUACACUUUUUAAUCCAUGGAGCAACUGUAGGAUCACAAACACUGUCUGAUUCUUUAUUAUACAAUAUUAUAUCAUAGAGAUGUAAUAAAUAAACUUCCUUCAA